AUGGAAGAUUCGGAAAGUAAUGUUUCCUAUUCUUCUUCCUUUUGUGAAGAAAACGGAGCUUUACAGGAUGAAUUUUUCGAACUUUUACUAUUAAAUGAACUUAUUGAUACAGGAUUACUUGAUAAUUCUGAAUCAGAGUAUGAAUGAAAUGAUAGUGAUACAGAAAAUGUUGAUACAGAUGACAAAAUAUUGGAGUUUUUAAGUCGUUUAGAUGGAAAAAUACUAGAUGAAAUAGAUCCUAUUCAGGAAACCUUCAAAUAUAGGAAGACUGAGGUGAUCAUUGAUGAUAAGAAGACAAUCGAUAAGAAAAUCCUGAAUACCAGAAAAAUAAAAAUUAGAUCAGAUUCAAAUUUUAUCAGAAAAAUAAAAUUGAUAUCAGAAUCAAACAUUAUCAGGAAAAUAAAAUUUAGAUCAGAUUCAAAUUUCAUCAGAUAUAGAAAAUUCAUAUCAGACUCAGAAAUCGAAAAAAUCGCGGAUUACGUGGGUUCAGAAAAUUUUACUAAAAUUUUAUCCAAAGAUUUUAGGAAAAGAAGAAAGUUAAAAAAUUUUUAA